UGGAGAGGUGAAAUGGGAUCGGAUUCAUGGGCGGCUACAUAAGCAGGAGUCGAGAGGCCGCACCAGCUCAUCAUCAUCAUCAUCAUCAUCUCAUUCCCCGCGGUUCGAUCCUCCUCGCGCUCUCGUCGUCGUCGUCGUCAUCUCCGGUUGAUCGAUCACUUCACUUCAAGUCGAUGUCGGCCAUGGCGGCUCUCCCUGUGCUGCUCCCGACCCCGCCGAGGAGCAAGAUGCUGCCGCUGCUCCCGACGCCGUGCCUCGUCAUCCUCCCCGCCAACUUCGCCACGUCGGUGGCCUCCAACGCGCCCAAGCCCGGCCGCGCCGACGCCGCCGACAGGUGGGACACGCACAAGAAACCCACCAGCUCGUCGUCGUCGUCAAGCUCCAGCACCGGGAGCGCCAGCCGCGCCGCCGCCUGCGAGCGCAAAGAACCCGGCAGCCCAGCGUCGUCGUCGUCAAGCAGCGGCGGGAAGCCCGGCCGAGCCGACUCCUGCGAGCGCUGGGACACGAACAAGGCCAAGAACCAGAUCAUCAGCAGCGGCCGCCUCACGCCGGCGUCGUCGUCGUCGACGAACGCGCGCUGGGACAUGAACAAGGUCAAGAACACGGCGCCGCCGUCGAACAGCAACAAGCGGCCGGUGAGCCGCGGGUCCGCCUCGGCCGAGCGCUGGGACAUCAGCAAGAAGCAUCGCUCGCAGGACGCCGCCGCCGCCGCUCUCGGCUCGGCGAGUGAUCGGAAGUUGACGACGGUGGCAAAGCCGCAGCAGCCGCUGUUCUCUGGGCCGGCGUUCCUGACCUCGCCGGAGCCAAGCAUGCUUCCCAUGCCCACCUUCUUGAUGGCCCGAUAGCUUCUGCUUGUGCAUUUCAACUUCAGAUGAAUCGGACUGUAGUUAGGAUGGGAUUUGAUGAAGCAUGUUAUUCUUUGUGGGUCUGUUUGUGAUCAAUUGAAUUGAAUUGAACUUGGAUUAUGUUUAAUUUAUAGUCGUAAACUCGUAAUGUCAGCUAGAACGCACAUGAAUGAUCGAUAAUCUAUUCGGCUAGCUGUCCUAAACUGUAACUAAAGAGUUUGUAUAUUGGGAUAUCUGAGUUGUCAUGUUCUUAUUGAAACAA